AUGCCAGUAUUUCCAACUGAUACCAUACAGUACUUAAAAUGGAACAGGGCUAUCAAUCAUUUGGACCCUGGAAGCAAAAAGAUUUGGAUCCCAGGACCGAGUGCUAUGCUGUGUUCCAAACAUUUUCACAAAAGUGACUUUGAGUCAUAUGACACAAGAAGAACAGGAUCUGUGCCUUUUGUUUCUCUAUACAAGAGUCUCCAAGGUGUACAUCUGAAAGGUACAAGACAGAAAAUCCUAAAAGAGCCACUUUCUGUUGAUUCUCAAGAGGUUGCUAUUGAGCAUCAUAACUACAUUUUAAAGAGAAGACCCUUGACAAUGGGUGCAGAGAAACUGGCUGAAGUGCAAGAGAUGCUACCAAUGUCCCCCAAAAGACUUAUUCCAGUAGAAAACUACAGGAUGUUCAAGAAGAGAAAGGGCUUAAGAUUAGUUGAUGUACUGGUAGAAGAGAAACUACUUUCUGAAGAAACAGAGCGUCUGCCACAAGCACAGUUUUCAGAUUUUGAGUGGGAGUUGUAUAACUGGAAAGAAACAUCUGAGUAUCCCAUAUGAGAAAUGAAGCAAUUUGCAUAUAAACUCUACUUGUAACUUAGCAAAGUCUAUGAUUAUGUAAGACAGAUUCUUAAACUGCCUCAUUCUUCCUUUCUGAGAAAAUGGUUAUCCAAAUGCAAAUCCAGUCCAGGUUUCAACAGCAACAUUUUUUCUUUUCUUCAACAAAGAGUAAAGAAUGGACACCAGCUAUAUCAGUAUUGUUCACUGACAAUAAAAGGCUUAUCUUUCAAGCAACAAUUUCAGUUGGACCUCAGCAGUGAUCAUUUGCAAGGACUUAUGGACUUUGGUCUUGGCAAGCUUGAUGCUGAAGAAAUGCAACUCGCCUCAGAAACUGUUUUGUUAAUGGCAGUGGGUUUUUGUGGUCAUUGGAGAAUAUUUCUUGGUUAUUUUUUUGUAAACAGGGUGUCUGGGUAUUUGCAAGCUCAGCUUCUUUGUCUCACUAUUGGCAAACUGAGUGACACAGGGAUCACAGUUGGGGCUGUUACAUCCAAUGCUACAGCUCACAGCAUUCUAAUGGCAAAAGCAUUGGGAAUACACUUUGAUGGCACAAAGUGUGCAUUUCAGCAUCCUUCAUCUUCUAGCCAACAUAUAGCAUACUUCUUUGAUUUGUAUUAAGGAAUGCAUUUUAGCCCUCGCUGGCGAAAUGCAUUUCAGAAUUUUCAAAGCAUUCAGUUUAUUAAUGGCACAGCACAUUGGCAGCACCCUGUGGAGUUAGUAGCACUAGAGGAACAGUAAUUAUCAAGCAUGGAAACAAUCCCAAGAAAACUUGCAAAUUAAAACCAUGUACUGAAAAUGAACUUAGCUGCCCAACCCUUCCGUGAGAGCGUGGCCAGCACAUUAGAAUGUUGGCUGUCAUUAGGCCUGCCUCCUUUUCAAAACUGUAUGGGUACUUUCCACUUUUUAUACUUAAUUAAUAACCUGUUUGACAUUUUUAAUAGUAGGAACUAUUAUGGAAAGGGACUUAAAGGCCCUGUAAUGCCUAAAACUUUUUAAAAAAUCAUGUGUUAA